UCGCAUCAUCGAGAUAAGGUCUUGCAGAUGACCCAUGUACAAACCUGCACCGCCUAGACCAAAGAAAACCGAUAUCAUACGCUCGCGCGAUGGCUGUACCAGCUGUCGCAAGCGCAGGACCAAGUGUGAUGAGGAGAAGCCAGCAUGUGGGACCUGCGUACGAUUGGGGAAGGAAUGUGAAUAUUUGAAACCCGGACUCAGAUUCCAGAUUGUGACCGGCCAGAGUUCGAGAUCCCCGUCCGAGGAUGGAGCCCCGUCCAAUGCGACAGCACAAGAGCUGGCUGGCGACCAGGCGUCCAGCAUUCAAAACAAGCAGAGGCUCCGGAUCGGAACCAACAGUCUGGUCAAAUCCCUGCAGACGACGGAGCGGGACGUUUUCUACACCACCUAUUGGGAGGAUCGCUGUCUACCAGCCGUACACCCCGUCUUCCACUCUACCACACUCCUGAUCCCCGACAUGCCGAUCAUCAGAGACGCGGUGCUUGCUCUGUCAUCCUGCAAUAUCAGCCGUCUGCGCGGCGAGCGCAAAGUAUCGGCGACAGCAUUGAUGGGCCCGUGGAGUCCGAGCCUAACCCACCAGACCGCGAGUCAUCUGUAUUACUCCUCCGCGAUCAGGAGACUCGCCGCCCUGACGUUGGCCGAUUUUCAUCACAAUAACACAGUCAUUCUCACGACGCUGGUAUUGUUAGCGCACCUCGAAUCAGCCAUGGGUAACUUCAUGGGCUUCUGCUGCCACGUGCAGGGGAUCAUGAAUCUAUUGGAGUGGCGACAGGGCGUCGCAGACCCAACCAUCAGAUCGCUCCUCACCUCGUGGAUGCAAAUCCGGUACGUGGUCUGGUGGGCUCGCGCCUACUUCAGCUCGGUGGAGAUCCAUCAGCAGUUGCCGUCCAUCCCUUUGCCCGUCUCGCUGGUUAAGAAUCUACCACACACUCCCCACGGGCGCCGGGUCCUGGCGUUGAGCAUCAUGUGUGAGUCCCAUCGCCUGAACUUCAAUGCUGCGUUUCAGUAUUCUCGGGGUCAGAUAAACCCACGGAGAACCGAAGAAGAUCCAGCGACGUGCAUCUCGCGUCUCCACCAACAGGCUGCCACACUAGACGAGUGGCUCGCGCACCUCCCGCCCGCUGAGCAGCCCAUCUACGGCCCCAUUGACCCGACAGGCAACCCGAUCAUCCACUUCUCCUCUCAUGAUGCAGCACUGAACUACGCAUACCACGUCGUAGCGCGCAUCAUGCAAUGCAGUAGUUUUCUCGCCCUCCUGCAGAACCCGCACUCAACCUUCCUUGACCACGAGCCCUACGAGGAAGAUAUAUGGGUCCAGACUCUCGUCCGCAUCGCCCAAGGAACCGACAUGCAGACCUCCCUCACGCGCAACAGCUACACCAUCGGAUUCACUGGCCUGCUGCUGGCGGGCAUCCUACGGUGUCGGAGUCUGUCGACCGGGUUGGAGAUCGAGCAAUGGUUGCAGAGGCUACUGGAUCUGCAGCCGACCGAGGAAGGCGCGUUCCCUGUGUACCAGACCCUCAGCGUGGUGCAGGCGAUCAACCGGCAGAGGGCGGUCGGGCGGGAUGUGUUUGCCGUGACGCAGCCGGUGGACGAUGGCGGAGGGUUGCCCAAGGUCACGGCGUAUAAUAGUCAGUCAAUUAGCUGUCUUGUCUUCCAUGGGUAUUGUCGACGGAUGGGGGUUGUUUUUGAGGAGUGUGUCGUUUUGGGGGGGUAGGUUUUAUUAGGUAUUGUGUCCUGAUGCCUCGUUGCCUGAGGCGUGCGUCAGCGAAUGUGUAGUUCAACUUUAGGUGCCCCGUUGCAGUCAAAAUGGUCAAUCACAAAAGGCCAUGUUCAAAAUCAGAGGGAUGGAACGAACAACAGAAAUGAAUUUCUAAUCAUUAUAAUACA